CAAUUCAAUAAAUAGUAUAGUAAUGGUAAUUAUUAAAUAAAUAUUUUCUCCAUUAUUCUUUUCUUCUCUCUCUUGAAAGAAAAAAACAAAAAAACACUAUGGAAGAAGAGCAAGAACACUCACUUCUUCCUCAUCUUCUUCUUCUACUUCUACUGCUCUUCUGACCAAAGCUGUGGACGACGUCGUUUUCGCAUCUCGUUGCCCUAUGUAUUCUUCAAUGUAGCUCGUGAUCCACCAAAGCUUCACGUUUCUGCAACGGGAUUGGUGCAAGUUGAAGUUUGAACUUUGAAGGGCAAGUCAGUUACGGGUUCAAUGGAGCAGUAUGAAAUAUUGGAGCAAAUUGGCAAAGGAGCUUUUGGCUCUGCAGUUCUUGUGAGGCAUAAGCUUGAAAAGAAGAAGUAUGUGUUGAAAAAAAUUCGUCUCGCUCGGCAAACGGAUAGGACUCGCCGUAAUGCACACCAGGAGAUGGCCCUUAUUUCAAGUAUGCAAAAUCCAUUCAUUGUGGAGUACAAAGACUCAUGGGUGGAGAAGGGUUGCUAUGUGUGCAUAGUCAUAGGUUAUUGCGAAGGUGGAGACAUGGCAGAGGCCAUAAAAAAGGCAAAGGGUGUCCAUUUUCCUGAAGAGAAACUAUGCAAGUGGCUUGUUCAACUCCUAAUGGCUCUUGACUACUUGCACAUGAAUCAUAUCCUUCAUCGUGAUGUCAAGUGUUCAAAUAUAUUUCUAACAAGAGAGCAGGAUAUUCGGCUAGGUGAUUUUGGACUUGCCAAGAUGUUAACUUCGGAUGACCUUGCUUCCUCGAUUGUUGGAACCCCCAGUUACAUGUGCCCGGAGCUUCUUGCAGACAUACCUUAUGGAUCUAAGUCGGAUAUAUGGUCUCUAGGAUGCUGUAUAUAUGAAAUGGCUGCAUUUAAGCCUGCAUUCAAGGCAUUUGAUAUGCAAGCACUCAUCAACAAAAUAAACAAGUCUAUUGUGGCACCACUUCCGACAAAAUACUCUGGUCCAUUCCGAGGUCUUGUCAAAAGCAUGCUGCGGAAAAACCCAGAACUGAGGCCAAGCGCAGCAGAACUUCUUAGGAAUCCACUCCUUCAGCCAUAUGUGAUUAAUACACAUCUCAAACUUAACAGCCCUAGACGCAACAGUUUACCUGCUUGUUUGCCUGAUAAUGAUGUAAAGAAAACCAGAUUUGCAAUUUCUGAAAGCACACCUGUCCCAAAGAACAGAGAGAAGCGAAUGUCAUGUGGAAAUGAUAGGACUUUGAAUCCUAGUGUCUCUGAUCACGAUUAUACUUUUUCAAAUCGUAGACAUCCAAAAACUCCAAGCAGAGUAUCUGAAUUGUCUGUUGGAAGUCCUGAUAGAGGAUCAACUGUCACAAAAAAAAUCACUUCAAAAGCUUUGCUUGUGAAUAAGAAUCCAAAGGUGACCAUGCCGAGAUUAACUACUCCAAGAAGACAAGUGGAUCUAAGGAACAGUGAUCUGGCUUCACGAACCCUGGUGAAGAGAUCUGUUUCUAGUACUCGUAGGGCAUCUUUGCCAUUGACAAACAAGGCAGCAGUUCAAGAAUUACCUCGAAGGCCAAGUCUCAGUUUCCUUGACUGCAUCAAGUCUCCUGAUGUUUCUGUCAAUGCCCCUCUAAUUGACAAGAUGCUUGAGUUUCCACUAGCUUCAUAUGAAGAUCCUUUCCAUCCUAUACGCCGAACAUCAUCAAACUCUGCACAAGGUUCCUCUGGCUCACCAGAAGCUGAGUAUUCAGUUAUGAAAGACAAAUGUACCAUACAGAUUCCUGACAGUAAAUUUGAUCGAAUGAGUUCCAAUGAUGCUUGGCAAGGGUUUGAAGGCCCCAUGGUGCAUGUGGAUAGAGAGGAUAUAACUGAUUCUUCUGAUCAAAAUGCCACUGCUGGUGCAUCUAGCCGAACCUCAUCUGACACAAGACGUCGCCGUUUUAACAUGUCAUCUUAUAAGCAACGGGCCGAAGCCCUGGAGGGACUACUUGAGUUCAGUGCUAGACUCUUGCAAGAAGACAGAUUCGAUGAACUUGGUGUCUUAUUGAAGCCAUUUGGACCUGAAAAGGUUUCUCCGAGGGAAACUGCUAUUUGGUUGACCAAGAGCAUCAAGGCAAAUGCUCCUAAACAGGAAGAUUAGCUCUAAGAAAAUUCAAUGUGUAUAAAGUAGUCUUUGCUGUAAUAUUUUCUGUAGGUGCCCAGAUUUUGCUACGUAGAGGCAUAGUCAUAAGCUGAAACGGUAAUUCAUAGCUAGGAUCUCCUGUUACCCUUACCCCUUGCAUAUUUAGCAAAUUCACUAAGUACUGAAAGGAUAAUGUGGAUGAGAAAACAGGUUCUUUGAUUCCACUGGAAAUAUUAUUUCUUAUGGAUGGUCCCAAUGUUAGCAUCUAUUUUUGCCGAA